GAAAUUCAGCUCAAACUCUCAUGCACUGGGGGAAGUUGCAAAGUGAUAAACACUUUUUUUAAGUGGUUCGUGAAGUUUGGAAGUCUCUUGAGAAAGCAGACUGCAAGGUUCUUUAUUGGUGAAUAACAAUUAGCAUUUUCCAAGAUGGGUUUCUCAAAUGUGAGUUUUUAUUGUAUGUGAGCUGAUUUAAAAAAAAGGUUCAAAUAACCCACCUUGCUGGAUAAUACUCAAGGUAAAGAAAACAAAACAGAUUUAACUUCCAAGAAACCAACUUUUUGUUGCUUAUUGUCCAACUGAUUGAAGUCCAAGGAAAGCUAGACAUCAAUUUCGUGCUAAAUGUCAGAAGUGCGGGAUUUUCUUUUUCUGGCCCUAAGAGCUAAUUAGAUCAGACUCGAUCAGACUUGGCACAUCAUGUAGUAUUAAUUGAAAUAAGUAAUUGUUAUGUCAUCUGUUUUAUUUUUCAAUGUUGUUUCAUCCGGUAUUUCCCAUAAGCAUUUGCCUUCCUUCAGAUUGGGUGACUGUCUGACAGGUCUAGAAGUAAGAAACAUCUGGUUAACCUAGUCUGGAUGAAAAUUUCAAAGAGGGUCUGUCCAAGGGCUUAAUAAAGGCGCAGCUUGGGGAGAGAGAAACACAGGGAGCACUGUUGAAGCCCAUAGCAAUAAUACCCCCUACCCCUCCCCCUUGAGCGGUUAAGUUGGACUAAGAAACACAGACAAUUACCAAUAGAAACAGUAGAGAGGGAAACGGCCAAGGAGCUUCUCCUAGCGGAUUUACCUUCGAGAACACGAAGAGUUGUCUUACGCGCACGUGACAAAUUUCUAGCAACACAACUGUGUCACGUGCGCACGUGCGAGUCAGAUCUAGUACGUCCUGUAGUGGGUCGACCUUUAGAUCCUGACUAACUUUCUUUCAUAAGACGUCAUAUAAAGUGACUGGAUAUUAGUUAUCUCGUUUUGUAGAUUCACAGUUAAGGUUUCCCAUUAUCCCCUAUUCCUCUCAAGGAAUCAGCUUUAAUUAGCAAGAACUAGCAAAAGAAAAGUUGUCGAAUGUUGAUUUCCUCUGGCGCCACCUUGUGAAAAAGGCUGACACUAUCGAGAACCAGUUCAGCUGACAAACUUUUAUUUCACGCCACAUUUUCGUUAUGAUGUAAAAACAGGAAAUUCAAACUGCAGACAUCCUACCGAACUUGUUUGACGAAGAGUGUCACGUUGUUAGUUACCAAAGCAGAUAGACAUUUUAACCCAACCCGUUUCCGCCGAUAGAUGUCGACUUAAAACAUCAUCUCGUUUGAAAAUGGAGUUUUACUUAAAUACAGCAACGCCUCAUCAAGUUUGGACCCUUGAUGAAUCUUCAAAUUCACAUGGAGCGGAAAUUCAAGGUGAGAUGCAAACUUCUGGAGGCAAUUUUGGAAAGGCAUUACAAUCUUGUCGACCAGAAGAACCACGCUACUUGGAUAGUUUCAAAAGUGGAAUAAGAUUUCGUGGAUCAGUGCCCCACAGAAGCACAGCUGCAAACCAAAUGUCACCUUCAAGUUGUACUAAGAGCACCCCCUGGGAAGCAACGUUAAGCCCAACGGAUAUUCAAGAUAGGAUGCAGCCGUAUGCAGUGGGCUUAAGUUCACAAAUAGAUAAUCUUCUUCAGUCUCUUCCAACAACUUCUACGAAAAUGAAUUCAUACCACCACAUAGUUGAUCCAAGGGAAACAAAUCUUAUGGGUAUCUCAUCUUACGUUAUGGAUAUUCCCAGAGACAUUCCCAUACGGCCACCUGGUGAAAAUGCCUUUCAUUCUCGUCCAACAAGUUCUACCAAUAUGAUUCCUAAUCACCUCUCAGUUGAUUCGAAUGAAAUGGAUUCCAAGGGCAUUCCAACUAACGCCAUGGACAUCCCCAGGGAUGUAGAUCCCUACCGUGUGGGUAAUUCAAGGGAGAAGGAUCCAAAUGGAACAAUGUCUUCUCAUACGACUUAUCCUAGAGAAGAAUAUCUGGGCGGCAUUCAAUCGGAUCAAAUGAAAAGUCCUGAGGAGGUACGUGCUACCAUGGUUUAUCUCAUUCGAGAAAAUAACGAUGGUGAGGAAAGGAAUUUUCAUCAGGAGACACAAAGAGAAAACUCACAGUUCAUUCAACCCAGACAGAGCUUUCCACUUAAUCAGACAUGCAGCAAAGCCGGUACUUCGUUUAAAAAAAAAGUUAGUUUGCCAGAUGGGGCACCACUCUACCACGCUAAGCUCCAACGAGAAUUAACCAGCCAAGCAUACGAGAAAGCAAAUAAAGGAGGGAGCAAUUUCAUUAACCAAACAAGCUCCGAUGGAAGGAUUCGAUCCGAAUAUCUUCCCUUAACUUCUCAAGAAACAACUAUCAACGGGAGAGGAUUCAUCGCGACUUGUCCUCGUUGCCACUGUGUUGUAGCGAGCCGGCCACAACCGGCAUUAUCUCCAACAACCCCUGGCACACAAAACACACGAACAUCGGUCAUCAUGCUUACGCAAGAGAGUGAGGUCCAGGAGACAAAAGAAACGUCUAAACACUGUGCAGGAGGAAAUCAGACAUGGCCAUCAUCGAGAAAAAGACCACUGGAAAACGACUCCGAUCAUUCUGAAGAAGAGAAAGAUGAUGAGGAGUUACAAGAAAUGUUCUUUCGUGUGAACAUAGACGGCACGACUGCGAGAUUCAGGCUGACGGAGGAAGAUUGGGCCAAGAUGCCAAUCAAGACAUUUCCAAGCGGCGGCCGUCUACUGAGCGGGGACUGGACUCGCAUAUUCCUCAACAAAGUGAAGGAAAGCAACCCAUGGUGCAGUUUGCGCUUCAAGAAUAAUCACGUGAGAUCAGAGAACUCGCGCAAGAUGCACUCGUCCGUGUUUUUCAGGGGAGGGGCUGAGUGCAAGUAUCCAGAGUGCAAUGUUAAACUGAGAUUCGUGAUUAAAAAGGAUUACGGGCGGCAUGUGGAUGUGGCGUACAUUGGCAACGUCUGCCACUCUAGCUCUACCUAGAUAUGGAGUGUAACUUCAAUAUUUGAGGAAAGACGUUUUCUGCAUUGCUGUUGUCAUCUUAUACUGAACAACAAUUGCUCGAUAAUAAUAAUAAUAAUAAUAAUAAUAAUAAUAAUAAUAAUAAUUCGCGUGGGUAAUAGUUUUUUUUUCUCGUACAUUUCCAAAUUAGUUGACAUUUCCAAAUUAGUUGACAUUAGUUGACACAUUAGUUGAUACAUUUAUUAAAUUCGGUUCUCUUGGAUUAGACUCGUAUCAGACCCAAACUAACUUUGAUAACAAAAACGACCUACAUAUAAAAAUCGCGAAAGCAACU